UCUGCGUGGAGGGCCACAUGACCAAAACCCUGGGCUACCUGGAGCUGGGCACUUCGGGGCUCCUCAAGACCCUCCCGUCCGGCGCCUUGAAGCCUCCACCCCUGCCCCCGGCCCGGCUGUUCUCUGGGGAGCCCUCGAAGGCCAAGGCCGGCGCCCUGAGCCCCUGGGCCUGGCCUAGGAACCAGACGGGCGCCGAGCCCCCGGGCCAGCGGGUCCAGCGCAAGCCCUCGCUCAAGACGGGCCGGGCCCGGAAGAUCUUCGGCUGGGGCGACUUCUACUUCAACAUCAAGACGCUCAAGUUUAGCCUGCUGGUGACGGGCAAGAUCGUGGACCACGUCAACGGCACCUUCAGCGUCUACUUCCGGCACAACUCCUCCAGCCUGGGCAACGUCUCCGUCAGCAUCGUGCCCCCGGGCAAGGUGGUGGAGUUCGACGUGCUGGGGCCCCCGCCGGCCUCCGAGCUCCAGCAGGCCACCCUGCCCGAGGCCAAGGAGUCCAGGGCCUUCAACUGCCACGUGGAGUACGAGAAGACUAACCGGGCCCGGAAGAACAAGCCCUGCCUCUACGACCCGGCCAAGGUGUGCUUCACCGAGCACACGCAGAGCCACGCCGCCUGGCUGUGCGCCAAGCCCUUCAAAGUCAUCUGCAUCUUCGUCUCCUUCUGCAGCUUUGACUACAAGCUGGUGCAGAAGGUCUGCCCCGAUUACAACUUCCAGCACGACCGCCCCUACUUCGGCUGAACCCCUCCCGCCCCCACCCCCCAAAUAAAAACCCAGCUCGCACAGCUUCCGGGGGGCGGGGAAGGACCCUGCCUCGCCCCGGUGGGGCCGGAGGAUGGGCUUCUCCAAGCCGCGCGGAAGAGGGGGUGCCGUGGAAGCGGGCGCGGGGGACGCUGUGGUGAGCCCCUUUGGGGACCUGGGGACCGGAUGCUUUGCUCCAUCAGCUACGGGCCUGCGGAACCGCCCGGGACCCAGCCAGGCUGGGCGGAUGCAGCCGGAUCCCCUCGAACCGUGGUGGCAGGAUGGGUGGGGGGACAAGCGAGCAACGGAGCCGGUCGCCCCCAUCCCUGCGGGGAAAUGGGGGGACGAGGGCCAGGGGCUGCACAGGACCAGUGAGUGACACGUGCCCAGGGGUUCAAAUCGGCACGUGUGUGUGUGUGUGUGUGUGUG